AUCCCUGGACAAGCCGAUAGAAUCGCCCAGUUUUUAAAGCCAGGAUAACAUUGGGCACCGGCUCCUACAGAAACAUGGCUGGAAGCUUGGACAGGGGCUGGGAAAAACCUUGCAGGGUAAGGUUUAUAGGAACUUAGAUUACUUUGGUGUGUUUUCACUUUCAUCCUCAGGGGACCUUAAGCAUAACAAUGUCUAACUUUCCUUAAUGACACAAUAUCACUAAAACUCUUUUUCUCUUGUUUGAUUUAGAGAAAAGAACCAAUUUGACUGGUCUUGAAAUUACUUUGCACUUCCUCUCAUGUGGUAGUUUUGGUCUCUUCAUGUUCACAAACUAAUUGGCUGCACAGUUGUCCAGAAAUGCUCUGAGUCACUUGAAUGGCUUGCUGAAUCCACAUGACCUGCUUCUCUUUCCCACUAACCUCUGUGAAGUACUGGUGAUUGGGGAUGUGGUGAGGUGUUUGGAGACAAGUCUGUAUUAUUUCUAUUAUCGCUUUGGCGUGUGAAUUUCACACCAUCUCCCUGACCCUGCAUUUUUCCUUUUGCCUCUGCACUCUGUCUGUCCUCUACAUGUUGUUAGUCCUUGAUGCUUGACACAGUAACAUUGAAUUCAUUGCUCUUGAGUCAUUUGGAAAGGUCAUUUUGAUGCCACCAUUGUUGAACAAAGUUUGCUUUUGUGCCAUUACACGGCAGGUUACAAACAAUUUACUGGAGUUUAAUCAACCAAAUUUAAUUUUUACAUGUAAUUUUCCAUUUAAUUCAGUUUUUCAUACUUGUCACUGCUUAGAAUAGAGUAUUUUCACCAGUAUGACCUCUAAUUACUGUAUCCCUUGUUUAUCAUAAAUAUUUUUGUGCGCAAAUGUUUUGAUGUACAGUAUGUUUUGGAAAAUCAUUGUUGUAACGAAAAUGAAAAUUUCAACUGUAGUAUUUCAUAACAGUUUCAUAACUAAAGUGUAUCAGUCAUUAAAAAACCAGAAAGGUCAUAGGACGCAGUUAGAAAUGUUGUUUGUCAGCAUUACCGCCAAUGUAUAAAAUAGCAUUUUAGGGUUUUUCUGAAGGAGAAGUAACAGUUGCACUGGAUAGGAUGUGGCACCCACAGCUCUUGCACAAAGGGAUCUCUGCUAGUUUACUAGAAACACUAACUAGGGAAAGCUGACUGCUUUUUUCAGACAUUUAAAUGUUAACUGUUGCGACAAUCACAUUACUGGGCAUUUUUCUCCUGAAUUUUCACUGUGAGAAACAGUUUUUAGAGGGAGUGUUACAGAGGAAGCUUGGCUGCUGUAUGUCUUCUGUUGUGUUUUGUCUUGUGAACAUCCUUGUUCAUCAUUUAGCAGUACGCUAUAGCACUCAGCCCUUUCCCCAUCCGUGGGUAUAUGCACAGCAUCACCCUGCACCCUUCCCCUCUUCUCCAGGGUACAGGGCAGGUGUAUGAGUCUGGGCACAGGGUGGGAGGUAUGGUCCAUUGUGCACCAUGCUCUGUUAACUGUAAGUGGUUGAAAGAGGGGAGAAGAAUAUGAGUUGCUCCCCUCUCUCAGCACCCUCUUUGCUAUUCAGUAUUUCUCCUUAACCAACUGGUGUUUCUUUUUUGCAGUGUUUUGAUCCUGGCCGUGUUGUGAUGAUGGUAAACUUAGUGGUAAAUUUUAUUUCCCAGACUGAUUUUCUUUUUUUGUCAUCAGUGCACCAAUACAGUAGGCUUCAAUUCUUUCUCUGUUGUAGCUUUUUGUUCUGCUGUCCGCUUGUGUUUUUUUCCCUUUAAUUUUCUUGUUUUUCCAUUAAUUUUAUUUCAAAUGCACAUUUUGUCUGAGCCUUUUUCCAUCGGAAUGGGUAAUGCAAGAAGGGGUAUCGCUGUCUGUUUAAAACAAAAUAGGGGGGGAAAAAAGAAAAUUGCCUUUUUUUCCUUUAAAAAAAUUUAUGCAAAUUCAGCUCUUGUGUUGGGCCUGAUUUUUGUGGUUCCUCUCCGGAAGGGGACUCUGGCAUGCACAUGUGGAAACAAGACAGUUGGGUAUAUAGAGUGGCGCAGGGGGGCCCUUAGUGAACAUUUCCAGGACUGCUGGCCCUGACCCAUGUAGCACUGUCAGUGAGACAGAUUUGCCAUCGUGACACAGUCAGUACUUCAGACAUGAGACCACAUCACUGCUCCAAACUCUGUAUUGUAUCCUGCCAUUCUGAUUCUCCUCAGCUCACUAAUGACUUUGCAGCCGAAGAAUAAGCAUAUAUAGGAAAAUAUGUCUACUGCUUAAAUGGUUUUACAACUGAGCAGCAAGCCCUGUGGUGUCCAGAUGUAUUUGCCGUUUUUCUCAUUUCAGUACAUUUUCUAUGUAUUCCUGCAAAACCCUUGCUACAGGUUAGGAAAUGACAAAUGAAAUUAAGAAAAAUUACCCUGAUGGUAAUAUUUCAAAAACAUCUCAUGUUUAAUCUAGUGUUUAAUUUGUAAAUUGUAAGAUUUGCACGUUUUUGAUAUAACAGAUGAAUUUUGCAGCCAUGAUAAGCAUCCCUUUUUCUUAAGGGUUAGCUCACAGACAUUGCUGUAUGGGGUCAGAGUCCAGUCACUAUUUUCUGCAAUACAAGACAUUAUUACUUCAGUAUUAUACCAUUGGGCUAUGGCUGCUUACUUCCGAAAACAGAAGUGUAAGCAUUAAAAUUGAUAAUUAAAUAUUUAUAAUCAGUCAGAAUCUUUGAAUGAAAGUUUUAAUUGUUAAUGUGUAUGCUUGCUUUGUCUUUUUCUAAGCUCAUUUGCUGCCACAUGUACUUUGUGUAAUGUGGUACUAUCUGUAAUCAGACAUUAUUAAUAUCGCCACAUCUUCUUUGUGACAUUUACCAAAGUUUCAGAACCUAUAAAUUUAAAGGGAAAAAGGCCAUUAUAUAGUAAUAAUUUCCUAACUAAAUCGUUGUCUGGAACUUUUGCUUUGCCCAAGGGUAUAAUGUCGAAUCUUAAAUGUCUGUAUCCAUAAAAAUGAUCAAACCACAUAAUGAUUGGAGCCAUUUUUCAUUAUUUAUUAUCAGGUAGCUACAGCAGCAGCAAUGUACAAGUUGUGUUUUUUGUGCCUUUUGUUUAAGGACCCCUCCAUCUGCCCCCCCACCCCUCUCCCCCCCCUUCACAGGUAAGUGUCCCACCACCUGAGGCGAUCGCUAGCCCGUGAUCUCCCCCUGCUGCCAUAGUUUGGUGCUUGUCUCCUCAACCCCCUUCCUCUUGCUUUGUUUUGGCUGUUUAUGAGUGGAUUAAACAACAUACCGAUCUCCGACAUGGUUUGAUUUUUAUUUUUGAUUUCUUUUUUUUCCCCCCCUUUGUAUCUCAAGUUAAUGUUCUUACCUAGCUCUUUUCACAGCUUGCAUACAAUCAACAAAAUCAGAACUUUGAUCUUGCAUGAGAGGUGAUCUUCAAUGUUGGUAGGAGGUGGCAAUUAGGUACAUAUGCAGGACAGUUAAUUUGUGUAUUAUAGAUAACUUUGCAACACUUCUGCAUGUAAUUGUUUUUCUGGCUGUUGCUGCUAUGCAGUGAAGACCUUCAAUACUGCGUGUAUAUUUAAAAAGAAAAAAAGCUAUGAUACUGACCUACGUGAUACUGCUAUGCUGUAUCAAUUGUGCUGAGGUGGCUAGUGGCCGCCCUCACGAUGCUCCACACUGUUGACGGUGGCUUCUGCAGCCUGCACUCCACAUUCACCGCAUCACUGUGGACAUCCCCAGUUCCCUCCAGAGUUCAGCAGUCAGUGUCUGAAGCCGGCUGUCCUUAAAGUCUGUCGUUGUGGUAAUGGAGUUCAGUGCAGACUGCUGCAUUUGUAUGAUGGGGCUGGGGGAGCACAAUGAGAGUGAGGGUGAGCUUUGAGAAGCCUCUUAGAUUACAGUGGGACACUGACAAAGCCUCUGCCAUCUCCUGCCUUGUCAUUAUGCAGGUAAUGGCAUUGCACUGACCCUGUAUCUCCUAAGGGUUGCAAGGCCUAAUGCUUGUAGUGCUGCAUGGCUCCCUUUCCUAAAUGGAAAAAACAAUAGAGAUCCUAACUACAGAUGCUGAUUUGAAAUUACAACUUGGUGAAUAUACUUGUAGCACCUGCAAGCUGUGAGAAUGGCUGGUUAUUUGUUCACUGUAGCUUUUCUGGUCUCUGCACUUCAAGGCAAGAUUUCUAACCCAACACACUGCGAAGCAGGGCCGACCCUUGAUGUGUUCCCCACCUCCUGUGCCCCUUUGUUCCAUUCACCUGCCACCAUUCUCACCCGUUUCUCUCUGUUGUCCCCUUCCUGCUCGUAGGUCGGACAGACCCUGUACCCAUCAUUCUCAAGUACGAUGUCAUGGGAAUGGGCCGAAUGGAGAUGGAGCUGGAUUAUGCAGAAGAUGCUACAGAGAAGCGGCGAGUGCUGGAGGUUGAAAAGGAGGACACUGAGGAACUGCGGCAGAAGUACAAGGAUUAUGCUGAAAAAGAGAAGGCCAUUGCUAAGGCACUGGAGGACUUGAGGGCCAACUUCUACUGUGAGCUAUGUGAUAAGCAGUACCAGAAGCACCAGGAGUUUGACAACCAUAUCAACUCCUACGAUCACGCACACAAGCAGAGGUUGAAGGAGCUGAAACAAAGGGAAUUUGCUCGCAACGUAUCCUCACGCUCACGCAAGGAUGAGAGGAAACAGGAGAAGAUGCUGCGGCGUUUGCACGAGCUUGCAGAGCAGAGGAAACAGCAGGACUGCGCUCCUGGUAGUGGCCCCAUGUUUAAGCCUACUACUGUGGUUGUGGAUGGGGAGAGCAAUGAAGAGGGCCUUGUAGAGACUCUUUCUGUGGCAGAUAACUCAGCAGAGGGAUCUUCAUGUCAGGACAAGACACUCACAAACUCUCCUAGUGUUCCAUCACCCAAGCUGACAUCCGCAGUCAGCUUCACUGUAAAUCGGAACAGCUCCUCUCCUUCCUCUACUGCUUCCCUGAUGCCCAAGGUCAGUGUGUCUUUCUCCUUUGCCAAGAAGACUCCAGUCAAGUUGGAGACGGCAGCUGCAGUGUUUGCUGACCAGGGUGAGGAAGCUCUGACAGAAGAGGGCCAGGAAGAGGACGAAAUGUCGGGGAACUCCAGGGUAGCCAGCUCAGAGAGCCCUAAUGAGGAGGAGCAGCAGCCAGAUGAGGGGAGUUCCUUAGCUUCCACCCUCUCAAAACUCAAGAUGAUGAUGAAGAGGGAUGAAGGAUCCCCAGGGCAAGAGCCUCAGUAUUACCAUUAUGUGCCCCCAGCCCACUGUCGGGUCAAACCCAAUUUCCAGUUCUUGAUUUUCAUGAAGGCCUCGGACCAGACCAGCGGUCGGGAAGAGGAAGAAGAGGAUUCGGCAACAACAACUUCGGUGAACCCGCCACAGGAGCAGACCAAUGCUGUGGAGGCAAAGACCGAAAAGGAGCAGGAUGUUGUUGAGAAACAGCAAGAUACAGAGUCUGCUUCUGGACCUUCCAUCUUGAAAACCGAGGAGGAAAGUGGAGAGUGUCCAGGUGCUAGUAACCCUUCCACAAAAGACUUCACUGGUAGUAACCAAGGCAUAAAUGAGCUACUUUCAGGUCCACGCAUCCCCACUGGGCCUUUCUUCCCUGUCCUCAGUAAAGAUGAAAGCACCACCCUGCAGUGGCCAUCAGAACUGCUUGAGUUUACACAAACCCAGCCUUCUCUGUCCUACAGUUGCAACCCCCUGUACUUUGAUUUCAAGCUGUCACGAAAUAAGUCUCGUGCUGGGAAACAACUAUGCAACACAGGCUGUACCACCAAGCCCACCAAAACAGAUAAGGAGGAUGCAGACAGGUCAAAGCAGGAGCUUGUUCAGAUGGUCACUGAGGCGGCACCUGCAAGAUCCAGUGUGGAGAAGAGACACACCCAGCCUAUGAAGGAAGAGGAGAUGGAUGGAGAAGGAGACAAGCAGAAGGUGGAGAACAGCAGCAGUAAAAGAAAGAAGAAAAAGAAGAAGAAGAAGAAGCACAAGAAGUCCAACAAGCACUCAAAGCGAAAAGAUCGGGAGAAGGAAACCGUAGAGGGACAUGAGGAAGUGGAGGCCACUAGUGAGAAGAUGAAGAAAAAGAAGAAGCAUAAACAAAAGAAAAGCAAAAGUAAGGUGCCUGAGGAAGAUAAAGGCAAAAACAAGGAGGAGGGGGAAACAGUGACUCGGACAUCUGGAGCUCAGGGGGCAGAAACUGGGAAAAGGAAGCGGUCCCUGAAGGAGGAGUCUGGGAAGCCAGCGGGUGAGAAGGAAGCAGGAAAAGGCUCAGAGAAACCCAGCAGUUCAGAAGAACACAACGGCACCAAGCGGCACAAGCCUGACCCGGCUGCCGCGGAUGCGGUAAGUGCUACAGCCUCUACCUGCUCUUCAACACAGAAGCGUUCCAGCAACACUGGAGGGUGGGGCAGCAAGCAUGGCAGCAGUGAGAGCGAGGACGGUGGCUCAUCAUCGCAGUACUCUCACCGGCACAAUUCUACGCCGCGGCAGCGCCAGUACAGCGAGGAUUCCGAGCGCUCCCGUAGCCGCUCUUCCCGACGACGCGGGCGCCAUCGGCGCCGAGGUCACUCCUCCCGCAGCCGAUCGUACUCCAGCAGCUCAGAGCGCUCCUCAGGUGGCAGCAGCCGUUACAGUCAUCGUAGCCGCAGCUACUCUGACAGUUACAGUGACUACAGUGACGGGGGUCGCCGCCCCUCUGAGCACUCGUCUGACUCGGAGUACGAGCGGCACAGGUCCCACCGACGCCACUAUUCCUCGUCGUCCUCAGAAGUGGAGUCCAGCCGCUCGCGCAGUCGCAGCAGCCGGCCUAGGCGCUGGCGACACCACCGCAGCAGCUCACACAGUUACAGCGAUAGCAGUAGUCCACGGUCCUGGCGGCGCAGCAGUUACAGCCGCAGUCGCAGCUCUGCCAGUCGCUCCUCCAGGUCCACAAAGGGCUCCCCCUCCCACAGACGCCGACACCGUCGUGAAGACUCAGCCAACCGGCGUGACUUUAACCGCUCCCGCAUCUACCGCUCUCAAUCUCCCCGUGCGUCCUCCCGCGGUCUUCCGCGCAAAGACUCAUCACGCAACAUUUCGUCCUCUGCGUUGCCUCGGUCCAGCGGUGCAGGCCACUCCGGUGCAGAGAGGGGGGUUUCUAAGGAGCGCAACUCUCUGACUGCGAGGCAGCUCUUGGAGAAGAUUCAGUCUCGCAAGGCAUCAGAAGAGACCACUGCUGCAACCAAGUCAAGUGUGAAGCUCAAGGACCCUCCACAGGGCUAUUUCGGGCCCAAACUGCCUCCUACCCUGGGAAAUAAGGGCAUACUGCCCUUGUUUGGGAAGCUGCCAAUGGGUAAGAAGUUAGCUCUGCCUCAGCGACGGCUGGAAGAAGCUGAAAAGGCAUCCACCAGUGAAAAUGUGGAGACUGGGGGUGAGGUGAUUCUAGUGGAGCCUAUUCGGGAGUUCCCCCCACCACCACCACCACCCCCUCCUGCCCAGCAAGCAGAGGAGAACACAAAGGCAGCAGUGGUCCAGGAGAAUGCGCUUCCUGCUCCAGAGGCACAGGCGAUUCAAGAAACCGGACCGUACGAACAGGAGCCUGCCAUGCUUGUCCAGUCGUACUCGGCUGAACCCGGGCCAGAAACUGCAAACUCUGGUCUGGAACCCCUCCUGCAGGAUGUGCAGCAGCACAUCCCACAGCAGCACGUCCCCCAGCAGCAACAGCCCUUGCACCCUUACCAAGGGUACCCUACUCUUGGCCUGGAGGAGGAAGACCUGGGCAUGGAGACAGAGGAAGACUCGUCACUGGCCCCCCUGGAGAGCCAACCCAUUACCUUCACCCCCGAGGAGAUGGAGAAGUACAGCAAGCUGCAGCAGGCUGCCCAGCAGCACAUCCAGCAGCAGCUCUUAGCAAAGCAGGUCAAGACAUUCCCCUCAGCAGGCACAGCAGCCACACAUGCUGUCAGCCUGACUCCAGCGCCCCCUCCACCUGCCCUGCAACAAAUUCACAUCCAGCAGCCGGCGGCUUCUCCCUCUGCCACAACAAUUACCACAGUACAGCAUGCCAUCCUGCAGCACCACGCUGCUGCUACUGCUGCCGCCAUUGGGAUCCACCCCCAUGCCCAGCAUCCACAUCCACACCAACUGGCCCAAGUGCAUCACAUCCCUCAGCACCACCUGACCCCUAUCUCCCUCGCCCCGCUCGGCCCCACGCUGGGCCACUCCUUGGGCCACUCCUUAGGCCAUUCCUUGGGCCACUCACUCUUCCCUGCACACCCAACGGCCUUCCUGUCUGGCCAGCCCAUCCACAUAAUCCCUGCCUCUGCUCUCCAUCCUACCCCAUUAGCACUGCACCAUGUCCCACACACGGCUCUGUACCCCACGCUCUUUGCUCCCCGCCCUAGUGCUGCAGCUGCUGCGGCUGCCUUGCACUUACACCCACUUCUGCAUCCAAUAUUCUCUGGGCAGGACCUUCAGCACCCUCCCAGUCAUGGUUCCUGAGGCCAUCUGAUGUUUUGGGAUGUAAUGGAGAUUUAUUUCUUUUAGAACAUCUCCAGUUCCAGAUUUUUAGCAGGGCCUGGAAUCUGGAAGCUCUCCAAAGCAACAGAGGCAGUGAGACUUUGGUUGUUGUGAUUUUUUUUUUUUUUUUUUUUUUUUUUUUUUUUGGGGUGCAAUUACUAUGAGUAAAAUUUUAGGGUGCAGUUUUCAGCAUAUUCCAUAUGAAACCAGGAAAACCACUGGACUGUUUUACUGUUGUAGUUGAAAUUAUAGUAUAAUGCAUUCUUGAAUAUGUUUCCUACAGCCAAAGAGAUGCAGUGGCUGAAGCCAUAAGCAGGAUCUGUGAUCCAUCAUAGCAAGAGGGUAUCUCUCCAAGAGGACUAGCAAUGAAACGACUACAAAAAAUUACUAGCAAACAAACCUAGAGGGUUGUGUUACGGAAACUUUUUUUUUUUUUCCUCGAAAUCUUGUGUGUACCGUAAAUACUUUUCUCUAGCUAAUUUGGCUGUUAUCUGCGUACUUCAGUACAAAAUGUCUUGAUACCUUAUUAUACAACCUGGUCAGUUUCAUUUAAUGUGUUUUGUAGUUUAUUGUUGUGGAAAAAGACAUUGUAGGACAUAAUACAAAAUUUGUGAUUAAUAUUAUGGUUUCAAAUCUUUGAACUUACUGUUAAAAAAUGAACAGAAAUGUGGAAAUUUAGAUUUUGUUUUGCAUAAGUACAUUAAAAUAAUCUGCAAAAAAAAUAUUUACAAUUCAUGAAGUAUUAAAAUUAUUGUAAUUCAGUUUAAAGAAUAGACUAACAAGGGCUCUCUCUGAUUCCCAAAGCACACUGUCAUUGUGUCCUCUCGACUCAGUGGGGUAAGCAAACUGCCCCACCAUAACAGUUUCUACAUACAGAUGCCUGUGCAGUGUGCCUACAUUCAGAUGCAUAACCAGUAUGGUUGAAGGUCAUGCUCAUUGUGGAACAUGGAAAUUGCACUGAAAGUAUCCAUUAAGAUGCUGCUGUUGUAGCAUGUAACAACUGAUUGUAGUACACUGCAAUAAUUUUUUUUUUUAAUAUAUGUAAUCAUCGUGAUAGAUGUUUUGAGUUGAGUAGGUACUUUUUUGUUUUUCUACAUGUAAAUAUGGUUACGUUCAUGUAAAUUAACUUCUGCAGGUUGUAGUUCCCGUUAAUAAAUUGAAAAUAUGAAAACUGUGAUCCAAGAUUACAACAAGUGAACUAAUAAGCAUGUGUGUAUCGAAACCAAUAUUUUUAUGUAUUAAGAGCAAGGUUGUCAGCUUUCUGCAUUUGACAUGAAUUCUUUUUUUUUGGGGGGAUCAAUAAUGGAUUUCCAGGUCCACCUCUGCUAUCCCCGGCAGCUAGUUGACAGCUGAGCACUGUGCCUUCUAUUAUGCACCUGUUUUUAAAACUACAAGAAGAGACCAGCACCUCCGAUAUGACAGCUGCAGGCAAAGAUGGACUGAGACAGGACCAGGCCUUUUGUGGGAUAGAGCGAAGUUUAAAUGGACAGAUGGUGGACAGUUAAAUGUCAGCUGAGUGUAGAAGGCCUUGAAGCUGUUCAUGUGAACUUUAGGAGAGUUCUGCCAUUUUACACCUUUAAUUACACUAUAUCAAGGUUUGCGGACAACUUGGAGCAGAAUCGUAUUUGGUUCUUUGUGUGAUUUGCUUUUGGCACCUGCUGUAUGUAUGGCAUUAUUUAUAACCUCUUGUCACAAGCCCUUGAACUCUAGGCUUAUUCUUGUAAAUAACUGUACAGUGGGAAAGAAUUCAGUAACAAUAGGUCAUUUAAAUGAGUUUUACUCAAGUAUUCAAGUUUGUCGCAGGCCAGCUCAUAAAACUGCUGUAAAAUGCUUCUUUAUAAUAAAAAGAUAUAUGGAGUCUUGGAA